AUGAUUCAGUGUCAGAUUUCAACAAUUAAGCCUGAAAAUAUGAAAGCAUUUGUCACCCCAGAUCGUCUUUGGAUGGUUAUCAAAGAUGUAGGAUCGCUAUCAGAAGUGAGAGCAUCUAGGAUAGAAAGGGAUCUGCAAGGUGUUACCACGGUCCUCCUAGUCUCGGCUCGACCCGGUAAAUCCAUUCCUCCGGUCGGUCUAUUAACGAAAACCGCCCGAACCUUCGUCCAAGAUGGAGCCAGCACGGAGUUCGCUACUCAGGUACUCGGUACCACGUUGGACAACGGUCGUCUGUACGCUAGAAUAUUAUCUACGUCUAGCAGAGUAUUCUACGAUAAGGAACCAGCACCAGAUUCACCUACACCUUAUGUGGUUUAUCCCUCGAGAACCUCUGACGACGAUUGGCAGCUGAAAGUAGCUCUCGACAAUGCGCCCAUCAAAGCAUUAAGGGAUAUCGAAGAAUCUAAAUUGGAGGAAAAUCAGGAGAGAGAUUCUGGGAAUCAAAGUAGCGAAGGAAAAUCGUCAACGAAAUUGGACGAGUUAUCCAGGGAGAAUGAUAUAUUUAGCAGAAGAGAAUUAGGGUCAGAUUCGCAGAGAUUCAAACCUGCUAAGGUCAGGCCAGCGGAUAAUCUUCCUACGUACACUGUUACUCAUGAAUAUGUCGCGAACAAUUUUGAAGACGAUCAACCUAAGAGUUUCAGACCUCGAGUGCCUAAAAUCUUUAAACCUCAGCCAAAAGCUCCUUCUACACUCAAGAAAUUAGACAUAAAGCCUCUGGCUACUGUAACGUACCAUGGUUUCGCUGAAUUCACUACGACUGUAGGCGAAACUGUCAUAGUUUUCUCUCCAAGUACGUCACCAGCUCCAGUCGGUCGCCCGGCUACUACGAUCAAAGGAGAUGCGACCUUGAGACCUGACGACGGAAUCGCAGUAGUAAAGAUCAGACCAACCAGCGUAGUCACUGGUCAAGAGAAGACCAAGCAACAUCCUGGACGUAAAUCUGAUCCAAAAAGCGAAACAGGCGAUCCUUUGUUAGACGCCAUUAACAGAGCUAAUAUUCAGCCAAGUGUCACCGAAGAUUUCGAAGUAGAAUCUUCAACAACAUCUACAGAGCCUCUUCUUUUAAUACCAGAUGUCGAAACUGGCUCGUUAAAACCUACAGGACUUCUAAAAGUUGUAGACUCUACUACUUCCCUUGAUGGCACUACCACUCACUAUAAGAGUUUAAUUUAUGGAACAUACAUUGGUACAAAUUACGCUCAGAUUAUACAUACGUCGUCGAACGUGUACUUUUUCCCUGACGAAGCCACUGCGACUUACGAUGCCGAAGAUACUACCGUAGAUUAUGGAACGACUGCCACUGAAGAGCCUGAACAUGAACAGGACACUACAUUAGAAAUAACGACUGGUACUACACCAAGGGUAAUUGCUACGAGCGAGGAAUCUCUUCCAGAAAUGAACGAACUGACCACUCCUAUUAAAGACACCACUGAUAGCGUAUUAACGACCUUGAAAGAUAUUUUGGAGAGUGCUAGAAGAGUUCUUGGUACCACGGAAUCGGCUGCUCCAACGUUAGAUGAUGAAAUUCCUAAUGAUAUUGUUCCUGGGGACCCUCAAGGUCGUAGUAUCAAGGGUGGCAGCUCGAAGAACGAUCUUGGUCAUCAGAAUCACAAGGAGCACGAAUUUGAGCAGGAAGGUAAGAUUACUUUGGCUACCAGGCUACUUCCUUCCACAGUGUAUAAGACGUUCACUUACUUCACUACUUUCUUCGUACCGAAAGGCGAUGAAACUACAACUUCCGUUAUUUCUAAUGAAGUAGUGUCUUCCGACGUUACCUAUCUGACAGAGUUGAUUCUGCCUAGCGAAACUGCGUCUCCGAUUCUUCAAACGACGUUGCCUGAACCUGUGACGACAAGGACAGCUCCUGUUUCGAUCACUGCGUUGGAAGAAGAACAAACAACGAAGCAGGAUGAAGAGAUAGAGCUGAUAUUCAAGACCCUGUACACUACGUAUACUUAUCUGACGACGUACUUCCAAGAAAGCACUUCGAGUAUUUCUAGUAGAGAAGUCGUUGAAACAAAUGUGAUUACUCAGACUGUUGGACCUAAUGGAGUAUCUGCAGUGGUUGCUGGAUUGUUUGAGAAGGAUGAGUCCAGUUUGAUAUCACCAACCAAAAUUUCGGAUAAAAUUUUGCCUUCGACUACUCCUGAACAUGAAGAAGGAACUGAAAAGUAUCCAACGACUAUGGAACAAACGACAGAAGACAUUCUUACCACGUUGCAAGAACAAGAUACUACUACUGAUCAGAAUAUUCCAACAGAACCGGGAACAACUGUUAAGGAAUUUGAAGACACCAAACACACGAUACCUGAUAUUGAACCAAGUCCAACUCCAGCCUUACCCACUCAAGAAGUAAAGGAACAGAUCAAAACUUAUUAUACAACUUACACUUACUUCACCACAAUCUUUGUUGAUGAUGAAACAGAGAUUGAAACAAGGACAGAGGUGUUCACCAAUGUAGUCACUGAGACCAUUCAACCAACAGCUGUGGUGCCUGUUAUUCAAGAAACAGAGCGACCAACUACACCCAGAGAGGAACCAGCCAAUAAACCAGCCGUUCCACCGGAGAUCUUGGCCUAUUUGGAAGCCAUUCAGAGACAGAAGUCUCAAGAAGAAGCGCUCCUUCUUGCCAAAAGGGUACAACAACAAGGAAACAGUAAAACUGAGGAAACCACGAAUGCGCCUGAAACUAAAGAAACUACGACAGAGGAUUCAGACACUUUGGAAGAACAAUCGACUACAGAAAAUUUGUUUCGCGGUUUCGAAGUGAACGCGCAAGUGACGCCAAAUCCACCAAUGGAAGGCGAAAUCUUGGGCUCUAUGAUCACUGAUGUCGUAUCUUCUUCCAGUGCUGGAAGUGGCACCGUUCUAGACGUGAUGGAUAAAAGAAACGCAGUUCCUGAAGACCAGGAGCUUUCAGAAUCUAAUCAUCACGACGUAGAGCCAGCACCAACUCUUCUACUUCAAACAAGUUAUACUACCUUUACUUAUUUUACAACGAUGUACAAAGGUGACGAAUCUAACAUAGUUAGCCGUCUAGAAACAGUUACAAAUGUAGUCACAGAGACAAUUAGGCCAACAGCUGUGAUCCCUGAAGAAACGAGCACACUGCCAGUUACGUAUUUCACGACGUUCACUUAUUGGACUACAUUCUACAGAGGAGGCGACACUGUCACUACCAGUCGAGAAGAGACUGUCAGCAAUGUUAUGACACCGGGUGUAGCACCUACGCCUACCGUAGAGUUAGGCGUGAUCAUGACUUACAGACCAACGACGACAAACAUAGAAGACAGCCAAUCUAGCGAAAAAGAAUCCAAAAUCACUGCCGACAAUGAAGUGACGCCCUCAGUCGUCGUUCCUAUUGAAAAUUCGAAAGCUGAGGAAUCAGAAACUACAAGUUCCAAAGAUAUUACUACUCCAUCUUCUGAGAAUGUUCUACAAUCAACUACAGUUUCACCUGAACCUACCACUUAUUAUACUACUUACACAUAUUUCACGACUUCUUACAUUGGUAAUGAGACUAUUUUGAAUAGCAGAUUGGAGACUGUCACUAGUGUCUCUGUUCCUGAUGUCCUUGCAACUUCACAAGUGGCAACAGGAAGAGCAAUUGAUGGAUCAGUGUUUAAACAAACUUUAGCCACCGAAGAGAAACCAGUCAUUCCCGCAAAACCUACUGAACUUCCAAAAAUUGGUUUAAUCUCGACGAUCAGGUCAAGUCAAGUAAAUGAUGGAACCACUACUCAUUUUAUGACUGAUGUUCAUGGUACAUAUAUCAAUGGAUUGUACGCUCAGGUUGUAGAAAGCUCGACAAGAGUAGAGACACCGCCUCUGCCUUCGUCCGUAGUUACUCCAGUCCUACCAACAGGAAUUUUAUCGAUGAACAAGGGUAUCGUGGUAGACGCCGAUGAGAUUACUACUAUUUAUUUUACGACGAAGCAGAUUGGAACUUUGUUUGAUGGUCUUUAUGCGAAGGUUAUCGAAAGUACUUCGAGUACGAAGAUUAACGAAGAGAGGAAAGCGACUAUUUUACCUACUCAAGGUCACAGAACUGGUUUGGUUAGAUUAAUUCAAGGUCAAAUUGCGAAUAAUGGAACUACGACAUUCUAUCAAUCUAAGGUGAUUGGAACCAGCAUCGAAGGUAGAUACGCUCAGAUCAUAGAAAGCACAUCCAGUUUUCUAUCUUCGACUCCAACGGCAAACAUCGCGCCUACUUCCACUCUGCCACCUGGCAAACCAACUCAAAUCGCAGAAAUCUCACCUUCGCCUGCUGUCAUUCAAUCUUCCUUAUCGGAAGACCCAACGACGGAAUCCCCGGAACAAGACGAAGACUCAGAACAGAAUGAGGAGAGUGAAGAAGAGGAUGAAGAAGGGGAAGAUGGACAAAGUUCCAAGAAGAAAUCUAGACUGACCUUUUCUACUAGAAAAAGAACUUUCACUCCAGUGAUCAGACCAUUCGCCUCCAGAAACAGACCCACGUUUAAUCCCAAAAGAAAGGGUGCUCAGGGUGCAACGACGAUUACCAGAACAGACAUAACACCCACAAUAACUGCGACCUUGGCUGGAAAAGGAAAUAGAUUCGCAUCUUCUAGAGGUCGAGUCAGUUCACCAAUAGGUCCAUACUCUUCUACGUUGUCUCAGUCAGGUUCUAGGAGGUUCUCAGGAAGAAGAGGUUCACCAAAUACAGCUAGUAGUUAUGCAUCAACUAUAACUGGAAGUACCAGAGGCAGAGCUCAAUCUAGAAUAUCUCCAUCCUCUGUUUUCCAAGGAAACAGAAGAGGACCUACGUCGAUUAGAGGAUCUUCAGCCAGAGUUGCAUCUCGUGCCUCAAGCUCAGUUUAUCCUGGAGUCUCUACUAGAUAUAGAUCACCAAUCAGACCUUCGUCUACCUUGUCAAGAGGUCAGGCUACGGUUAAACACGACGACCAGGAGAACGAUGCUAAUGAAUUCACUACGACUACGUUGGUGACCGAGGAGACGCCUUAUACAGAGGAUAUAGAGGAUGGAGAGACCGUGACGACACCUUUGCAGACGACCACAGAGUCUUCGAGAAGAUCCACGAAUCCCUUACUCAGAUUCCGUAGACCUAUUAACUUGAAUAAUUCCGGCAGAACUGGUACUACGCCGAGACCGCCAACGACUACACGGAGAAAUGGAAAUUUAAAUAGAGCCACUUCGCCAACUGUUCCUAAAGUGACUAAUACGAGAACCAAUGGAAGGGUAAAUGCUCCAAUUUCAACUAGACCAAGACAAGGUGGCACGGGGUUAUUUCCGCCUCGAGGUCUACUUGGGAAAAAGCCGGAAUUACCCAUCGAGGAACAGAUAGAACCAAAUGAAGAUCUAGAAGAAGAAGGAGAAGAGAAUUUGGAGGACGAGCCUGUGGAAGAAAUAGCUGACAAUGAUUACGAAGGAUCUGAGCAUGAAGAUAGAAUCAAUCGUCGGUCUGGAAAAUCUGUCAGACCCACUGUACAGAUCAGGCCGUUUAACAGAGCACGAAGAAUACGUCGACAGGCGAGUCAGUUGAGAUCUUUGACCAGUCGAUUCAGAAGACCUAGUCAGAGCUCGUCGAAGUCCGAAGAAAAAUCUGACGCUAGCGAAAACGUGUCUAGCAAAGAGGAGACUUCCAAGUCUAGUUCCAAACCUAUUGCUCGGUAUAACAACCGUGCAAGGUCUCUUACAGCGACUAGACCAACGUCCAAGUCUAAUAAUCCUGAGAAAACAUCUGCAGAGUCUACAGAGUCGAGUCAAAAUAAAAAUAGGAAUAGGUCUAAACAAUCUAAUAAUGGAGACAGAAACGUUGCCUCCAGAAUAAAACCUUCUUCAACUUCAAAUAAUGGUAGACAGUUUACUUUAAGAGAAAAAGAUGGAUCUUCUUCUACCAGGACGAAUUACAAAAGACCUAGUUCUUCAAAUUCCAGGACAAAUGGAAGAUCGACUACUACUACUAAUUCAGAUCGAGUAAGGCCUCCACGAUUACGAAACGGUUCCAAUAAAUCGUCAGAGAAUACCAGUACAAGACGAACACCUCCUUCUAGUCGCACUUCCUCGAAUAGAUCCUCCAAUAGAAAUAGCAGCAGAAGAGGUUCUUCUAGUAGAUCAAGAGGAUCUCUAGAAGAUAUCCGAGAAGCACCUACCGUGUAUCCUGACUUCGAUGGAACGAUCACAGUGACUCAUUACGUGCCCACGGAAGUUACUAUUCCCGUAGUGAACAAUGGUAUCACAGAGCACAGGAACAUAAUAACGGCACAACCCAGUACAGAGAUUUUAAGUCCAUCUCAGUAUAGUACAGUGACAGGUGGAGACGGCAAGCCGUUAGUGGUGAUUGUUAGCGAGGUAACCGGUACCAAUCCUCAAGGUCAGACCGAAGUAACCCGAUUCCUGCUCCACGAGACGCCCACCACUCGUGUCUCCCACACAUUAACCACACUAGGUGGUCGUAGAGCCUCUCAAUCCGUAAUUGUACCCACCACAGUCUAUUCUGUAGAGAACGUGGUCUCCACGGUGCAACCUUCUCUCCCUGGAAAUGCGCCUCUCGCGAACAUCCUUCUAUCGCAGUUGCUCCUCGGUCAAUUAGGUCAGGCAAACCCUCUGCUGCAGUCUCAAGGUACACCGUCUACUCAGUAUAAUACGCGUACGACUUCGUACGUUACUACGAUCACUAAGCAGCAGAGUACCGUGAUCCCACUCACUUUCCGGGGCAAGGAGAUUCUAACAACCUUGGUGGAUACUUCGACAGAUGUGGUGACUGCUACAGAGUUCAUCACGGAUACAGUGGUGGUUACACCUACUGCAGCGUUGCCAGCGGCGAAUUUGAACUCAUUGUUACUGUUACUUCAGCAGCCUCAACCACAAAAGAACGCUAAUCCUUUGCUGGAUCCUUUGUUCGCUGCUCCUCCAUUCACUCAGAGCAAUACUUUGCCUGGAGAGGUGGAGAGAAGGCAUCAGCCAGCUGACUUGGAUUAUAAACACGAUAAUUAUGAGUAUUCCGACGAAGAAGAUGACGUUCAGGAGUAUCAGAAGCCUUCCAGGUCUAGAAAUGGUCGCGGUAAAGCGAACGAUAGGAAAGAGGAUCAUUCUAGUGCGGCUAGAGAGGAAUCUAGCGUAGUGACAUUAUACGUUUCUGGGAGACGGCCAGGAGAGUUCAGUACUGUUUUGAGCACCGUGAAAGUAAGCGACACGUCUCGAAGACGACGAGACACCGGGGAAGAUUUAGUCGUUGAGGUUCGACCCUCGAUCCCACCGUCGUUGCACGAGGGAUCGGAAGACAUCACGGUUCUGGCGGGAAGUGUGGACUCGCUAGAAGCGCAUGCGCCGACACAAAGUCUCGAGAGCGUAGUGGGUGACGUAGGACGGCACAUUUCCACGUCCAUCCACACCUAACCCUCAAAUACACACACUUUAGAUAAUCCUUCCCCUCUUCUACU